AUGGCGGCGCCAAUCAACAUCGACGUUCCGAAACUUAUAUUAGACAAUGGAGGUGGGUUGAUCAAGGGAGGUAUCCUGCCAAGUUACUCCCAGAUGAAUGACUCUCAAUUUAAUGAAAUAGAACCCAAGUUCAUAGUACCCAAUUGCGUAGGACAGGUGAGAAAGAAAAAUAUAAUUCACAUAAGUGAUAGCUGUUACAGCAUAGGUGAGUACUUUUGUCACAGACCCCAUGUGGAUGGGUUGCUAAUGGAUUUGGAGAUGCAGACGAAUAUCUGGGAAAAGCUUUUCUCGUGCAAACAAACUAUUGGGUUUAAAAUAAAUGACAUGGCUAUCUGUAUUACGGAGUCCUAUCUGACCCCAGCUUACAUAAGACAAGGAGUGAUAGAACUUCUGUUUGAAUAUUUUAAUUUUAAUCAAAUUGUAAUUGUGUCCUCACAAACGAUGCUUCCUUUUUCUUUCAUUGGACUUAAUUUGGGUCAAUAUGAUAUUGUAAAUCCCCCCGUUUUUUCUAACUCUACUUUGAGGGGCAGGAAAGGAGGGGGGGGAGAAUCAUGUAAGAGGGGUAGGAGGAGAGGAAGCAAAUGCAUGAUUAGAAAGAACCACAGCUUGAAGGAACAUAUAAAAGGGGAGGAGGGGGAUGGAAGUGUUCGUAAUAGUAAUGCCGAUUUGAAGAGUGAGGCGGAUAAAUGGCUACCUCGUGAAUUGCAAGACGAGUGGGAGGAGGAGGAGCAGGAGGAGGAGGGGGAAGCGGGAGGAGUAGGUCUUGGUGUGUCAUGUCGCAGCGACGUUUACAGUGAGGUUAAGAAUGAGUUGAAUGAAUUGGAGAGCGGCAUGCCGCAAGACGCAUGGAGCAGUACCUCUCAGCAGAACGAUGUGCCUGUAGUAUAUGAUGAGCCUCGUGUGGAAAAUAAUGCAUUAACCAAUAGGCACAUGUUUAUAAAAAAUAUUGAAUGUUAUAAUAAGUAUACCCACCGAGUGUACCUGGAGGAGGGAUUCCGAGGGGAGAAUUGGCAGGAGUAUCAUUUUAAUCGUUUUUUCAAUUGUGAUAGUAGGCGCUUCCAAACCAAUGGAGUGGUGCGCACGUUACAGAGCAACAGUUACCUAGGAGACAACUUCUUCGUCCAGGACCCAAAUUUUUUACUACCCGAUCAAGUCGAUUUACACCAUAGCUACUACGAACCCAAUUUUAACGACCUUAAUAAUUUUACAAGCCAUUUUAACAACACAUAUGUGAAUAGCUUUUAUAAAGAAGUGUUGAAUGGAAACUACAACUUAUCUCUGAGGAACCCCUGUGCUUUGUAUGUAGAUGUGGGGUUCUCUCACACGUACGUUUUGCCGUAUAUCGAGUACAAGCUUAUUGAAUAUGCCAUUUUAAGGACAAAGGUUUCUGCUUCUAUUUUAAACACUUACUUGAAGAAUGUCCUCUCGUACAAGCACGUGAAUUUGGAACACAAUGAGCUGCUCGUGGAAAAUAUAAAAGAGCGAGCUUGCUACGUGUCCUUGGACUAUGAACAGGAUUUACAAAAUGAGAAGAGGCGACUGGAGGAGAUUAAGAGGCAGAGGAUUGCAGAUAAGCUGGGUGCACGUGAGGAGGUGCUGCUCAGGGAGGCGGCCGCCAAGACCACUGUUGAGGUUGGCGACGAGGGAGAGGUACAGAAUGGGGUGGGUCCCGGGAAGGGGAAAAUCAAAUUGGAGGGAGUCGCUUCGAAUUGCAAGGAUGAGGUGAAGCCCCCUGUGGGUGAUGUCACUUCAAAAAAUGAUCAUAUGAGGAAAAAGCGAAUGAAGCCACACCUCUUCUACAGUUACAAGCUAAUAGAUUAUAACAACGCGACCAAGAGGGAGAUCAGUGAAGUGUAUGACACGCUCAGGACGAACAGCUCCAACGACUGCGUUUAUGUGGACUCAGAUUUUGAGGAGCGGAUGGAGUUUUCCAACUACUCUGAAGGUAAUAAAGACAUGGGGAAAGCUGCAGAAGGUAAUGAAAAAGAAGGCAAAGGUGGUCAGAGGUGCAGUAACGUAAAAGAUUGUAGAAACGGAGGUGAGGGUGAUUUGAAUAGAAGUGCAUUCUCAAACGACAUUGGUGGUGCAAAGGGAAGGCACACAGAAACGGAGUACAAGAAUGAUAUAAUUAAUUUGACCAAUGAACGAAUAGGAAUUCCUGAAGUUCUUUUUAACCCGAAAGAUAUAAAUCUUGAACAUUGUAGCAUCGUGGAGCUCAUAUAUAGGUGUAUCUCUUUACUGCCCAAGGACAUUCAGAGGUACUUUCUGGCCCAGAUAUAUGUCUCAGGGGGUUCCACCAAGUUUAAGAAUUUCAAGCACAGACUGUAUAAGGAGUUGCGGGCGAUGUUCCCGAGCGAGUGGGAGAUCAAUAUUUACUCGCAUAGGAAUAGCCUCUACAGCAACUACAUCGGUACGUACGUCUGGUUGAGCGAUCACAAUAUUUAUAAUUAUAAUGUGAUAACCCGGGAGCAGUACUUCAACCACGGCAGGGACGCCUAG